AAUCCAGCAUGAUGGAAAGAGGGAACGGAAAGGUUGUCGAGGAUGGUGGCCGGAAGCCAUACAAGGGUGUUAGGCGCCGGAAAUGGGGGAAAUGGGUGUCGGAGAUCCGGUUGCCGGGCUCAAGGGACCGCCUUUGGCUGGGCUCGUACGCUACCCCCGAAGCCGCGGCCAUUGCACGCGACACGGCGGUGUUUUGCCUACGAGGCCCGAACUCAGUCAACAGUCUGAACUUCCCCUACAACAUUCCGGCGAUCCCGCGGCUCGACAUGUCGCCGAGGUCGGUGCGAAGAGUAGCAGCCGAGGCCGGGGUGGCAAUGGAUGUGGAGCUGUCGUCCAAGCUGCAGAACACAGGCAGACUGCCGGAAUCCGGCGAGGGUGCGGCGCAGGAGUGCCUGAUAUGGGAUGGCUUGGAAGACUUGCCGAGGAGCUACUACGCCCACCAGCUAAGAGAGGAAGAGUUGAGCAUCUCAGUGGAUGACAUGCAUGGAAAUAUAUUUGUAAAUUUUCCUUCUUAGGUUUUAGUUCUCUUGAAUAUGACCAGAUUUGGGCAAAAUUUAAAGAAAUUAUGGAAAGAGAUGCAUCUCUUUA